AUGGCUCACCAUUACCAGCUAUCCUCCCUCUUACUACUUGCAUUUCUCAACUUGAGCUUCAUGCAUGGCCCCAUAACUGGUGCAACUGCACGGCGCCUACUAGAGACACCCCUCCCUGAGAUUCCUAAACUAGAAUUACCAAAAGUUCCAACCUUGCCAAAGCCUGAGAUCCCAACUGUGCUGAAACCUGAGAUUCCAGCCAUACCAAAGCCUGAGAUCCCAAUUUUGCCGAAACCUGAGCUUCCAACCAUCCCAAAGCCUGAAAUGCCAGCUGUCCCAAAGCCUGAGAUUCCUAUUAUGCCAAAACCUGAAGUACCAACUGUGCCAAAGCCCGAGCUACCAUCCAUCCCAAAGCCUGAGUUACCAACUGUCCCAAAGCCAGAGUUACCAACUUUACCAAAGCCUGAAGUACCAACUGUGCCAAAGCCCGAGCUACCAACCAUCCGAAAACCUGAGUUACCAACUUUGCCAAAGCCUGAAGUACCAACUGUGCCUAAGCCCGAGCUACCAGCUGCCCCAAAGCCUCCAACUUUCCCAAAGCAUGAGAUCCCAGCUGUGCCAAAACCCGAGCUUCCCGCUAUGCCAAAGCCUGAGAUUCCAGCAAUGCCAAAACCCGAGCUUCCUCCCUUGAAAAAGCCAGAAAUCCCAGCAGUGCCAAAGACUGAGGUUCCUCCGCCUAUGAAAAAGCCUGAAGUUCCAGCUUUGCCAAAGCCUGAGAUCCCAGCUAUGCCAAAGCCAGAAAUCCCGGAGCUACCAAAGCCAAAACUCCCAGAGCUUCCAAAGCCUAAAAUCCCCGAACUGCCUAAACCAGAAUUUCCAGCUAUGCCAAAGCCUAAAAUCCCCGAACGGCCUAAACUAACUUUUCCUUCACUUUCUCCACCAUACAAACCCUCCACUCCUUGA